AUAUAGUACCGAUAAGUUUCGGAGAACGAGAUUCCUAACAAGGGUCUGAGACGAUGAUGGCGGGAAGAAGGAAGUUCAUAAGCGGGAACGGGAAAUCUGGGAAGGAAAAAUAACCAACUCGAUUUCAGUCGUUCCAGCGAGGAAACGAACGUGAGACGACGAAAAGUCCGAUGACCCAAUCGAAGAUCAUCUCCUUCUUUAAGCCUUCUUCUGCUAACGCCCAUUAUCCGGCACCACCAGCGGUUCCCGGCCAUGUCCAUCCAGCCGUUUCAUCGUCGCCGCCGUUGGACGAAGACAAGUUUCGUGUUACCUACAGAAGACGGAAUCAAAGGAGAAUCAAUCACCCAGGACAGGAUGGAUGGGAGAAUGGGGCGUCGGAAAAUCUUUCGACCGUCGAAGACGAGGAUCAUUCUGCGGGAAUAACGGAAUCUCCCUGUUUGAAGUCGAAGGAGUUGGACAGAGUUCCGAAUAAGAAGAGAACCUACGCUCAGUACCAUCUGGAGUUGGGGCAAUCCGACUUCUUCUUGUGCACUUGUUCCGUUUGUGGUUUGCGGUAUUCCCGAGGAGACGAAGAAGACGAGAAGCUGCACAAGUCGUUCCACAAGGACUACUUUUAUGGUGUCCAAUUCAAGGGUUGGCGAAGCGAACGCGUCGUCGUCGCUCUUCCGGAUAAUAAGGAACGUAUCCUGUUGGUAUUAGAUGGUGACCCUCCUGGUCACAGAGACAAGGUUCUUGAGGUAGUUAGAAUAGUGGAAAGAGACCUUGAUUUGAAUGACGGGUGGCUUCUACAUGACCUUUGCAAGGUAUAUAUGUUCAUUUCUAAAAGUAGGGUUGCUGGUGUCCUGGUGGCCGAGCCAAUAAAAUCUGCAUACAGAGUUAGGCCUAGCUCUGAAACUGCUGAAUCUCCCCAAAUCAGUAGAGAGACAGAUGUAAAAGAUACAAAAACACCCACAUCAAGUUCAAUCUUAAGAUUUGGGUCGAUAAAUUUUGAAAGAGAGGUGGAUAAUAAGGCUUCCUCCUGUGUGAAGAAGGGAAAUGCAACUGUUGAAACAAAUGCAGGUACAAUCAUAUGCGAAAGUCAAGCAAUACCUACCUGUUGUGGGAUAAGGGCUAUUUGGGUGGUGCCUUCCAGGCGAAGGCAGCAUGUUGCUACACAUUUAUUGGAUGCUUUAAGGAAAAGUUUCUGCAUGGGUUAUGUUUUAGAGCCCACUGAAUGUGCGUUUACUCAAACCACCUCUGUUGGCAGAUUACUGGCAUGCAGCUACACUGGCACCAAAGCUUUCUUGAUAUACAAGGCUGGAAAUUAAAAUGCUAACUGGUGCUUCCCACAUCCCACUGCUUUAUUUUUCUCUUUGUUGUCUUCCUAUAGUUAGGGUUCAAUUGUAGAGUCUACCUUAAAAUGCUUAUAAAUGGUGUUUGUAUAUUGGUUUGCUGUCUCUCUUGUCUCUUCUUGUUCUUUCUGAAUGCACGAAUAUGCUUUCUUGAAGCUUAUCAAAUACAGGCUAUGAAAAAAAUGCAUGUUUCAUGGAAUCCUACAAACUUGAAAGGCUUGCUUGACUAGUUGAUACUUGAUACACAUGCUAUCUAAAGAAUGAUCGAUUGGUUUGUUAA